GCUUCCGCUUCCGUGUCGGGAUCAUGGCCGUGGCAAAUUCAAGCCCCGUCAACCCCAUCGUCUUCUUUGAUGUUAGCAUCGGUGGCCAGGAGGUUGGCCGAAUGAAGAUUGAGCUCUUUGCGGACAUCGUGCCCAAGACAGCGGAGAAUUUCAGGUCGGGGACUACCCCACACCGUCCUUCCCCGAGUUCAGUGAGACGGGCGGGGCUUGGGGAGGUGGGGGAGGGAAGGAGUCUUCGCCCAUGUAACUGUGUCCUUAACAUUGUCGGUGUCUGGUCUGUGCCGGCCUCUGUCUUGGAGGACGUAGCAUCUUUCCCCCGCUGCAGUCUAACUUUUUUCCGCUACCCUGCUUUAGGGUAUAAGCCCAAUAAUGGGGUUUCUGGAUCAAAGAGUAUCAUUAGUUCUGCAGCUUUUCUUGCAUAAUUCGAAAUAAGUUGGGCCAACUCUAGGUUUUACUCGAAGUACAUUAGGGAUCCCGUCUUUCCCGGCAUCUUUGUAUUUUUCCAUAUUUGCCAAUGUGAUUGAUCUCACAUUUUCUUCAUCUGCAUUCUUUUGGUCAUUAGUAAAUUGGGGCAGUUUUUCAGAAGAGAUAUGGAUGACUUACAUAUCUUUGAAAACUGGCAUCCCAUGUCCACGCAUAUGUUGGAGUCAUAGAUAUGUAACUCCCUAAUCUUGGCUAUUUCUCUUAAGAUUAUGACUACGGAGUCUUGGUGACUCUUAACAUUAGAAGUUUGCAGUACUUCUCUAUAGAUUUUGGAUGUUAGAUUCUCAUAAGAUAGGUUUAAUGAAAAUAUUUUUCCCAUUCAUAUCUUUUCCUUUUUUCUAGUUGCAUUAUUUUUGUUUGUGUAAACUUUUUUUAAUUUUACAGUUGAAAUUGUCCAUUUUGUUUUUUUUAAUAUUCUGUGUAUAUUGCAGCUGGUUACAAAUCGAUUCUUUAAUCCACAUUUGUGAAUGAUGACCUUCCAUGCCCCUCUAAUUUUUUUUUGUGCAACAUUUUAUAUUUAGAUUUUUUUUUAGGAUCAGGUUUUUGACUUGAAAGAAACUUCAGUGACCCUUAUUUUGCAGAUGAAGAACCUUAUCUGCAGGGAGGUUUUGUGCCUCAGGUAGUAAGUAUCCAAGGCAGAAUUUGAACACAGGUCCUCUGACUUGAAAACCCGUGAUUUUUCCUACCAGACUACUAUCCAAUUUUCUCAGUGCUUCCUGUCAAAUAAAGUAAUUUGUGUACAUGGAUUUGUCAAACAUGGGAUGCUGUACUGAUUUGAUUCUAGGUUUUGCUUAGCUAAGCUUUUUCAUCAUUGUACUUUUUUAUAUUGUCUAGCACCACAUAGUUUUGAUGGUUACUGCUUUGUGUAACAUAACUUGAGACCUAGUUAUGCCAAACACCCUUCACUCCUAUUUCUUUCCAUUUUCCUCCAAGGUGGUGUUUUUUGUUUUAUUUUGUUUUGUUCUGCUUCUCUCUCUGUCUUUCUAUUCCCAGUAUCUGGGGACAGGGGGAAAGAGCAGAAUCCCUAUUGUUGGGUACCUGCCUAUAACGUUUGUGAUGAUUCUGUUAUUGUCAUCUCUGUAUAUGUGAUGGCUUGUAAACAGUGUCUGGUGGUACGUACUUAAACGCACACACACGCACGAGACCCUCUGUUGCUAACACAUCCAUGUAUGUGUAUGAGCAUACGAGAACCUCUGUUUAUAGAUGGCUGGUGUAUCUCCCUUACCCCCACUCCCAGAUCAAGGUCCUAUGGUCUCUCAGUGUAUAUGGUUUUGCAGGUAAUUUUUUUCUUUCUUUCAGGCAAUUCUGCACAGGAGAAUUCAGGUUGGUCUACAAAAUGCUGAUUUCCCUCAGGCAUGGCUUGGAUGGGAGCCUCCUGCCCAGAGCUGGAGUCAGUUCCCUUGGGAAGCUGCCAUCAAGGCCUGGGGAGCUGUUGGGAUCAGAGAUGCAGGCCCUGCCUGUCACUUUUCUCUUUUAGUCAAUCACCCCAUCAGAGGCAGUUUGGGGAGUUAGUGUGGUGGGUCUUUCUCCAACUUAGGGCUGCUUUACAGAUGGGCCUGGGAUUGUCUGCAGUCCCUCCAUUUCUCAUCUUUCUCCUUGGUUGUAGGAAAGAUGGAGUCCCUAUUGGAUACAAGGGAAGUACUUUUCACAGGGUUAUAAAAGAUUUCAUGAUCCAAGGAGGAGACUUUGUAAAUGGAGAUGGCACUGGAGUUGCAAGCAUUUACCGGGGACCAUUUGCAGAUGAAAAUUUUAAAUUGAGGCACUCAGCUCCAGGUCUGCUUUCCAUGGCAAACAGCGGCCCCAGUACCAACGGCUGCCAGUUCUUCAUCACCUGCUCCAAGUGUGACUGGCUGGAUGGGAAGCACGUGGUGUUUGGAAAAAUAAUUGAUGGACUUCUAGUGAUGAGAAAAAUUGAGAAUGUUCCUACUGGACCCAACAACAAGCCCAAGCUUCCUGUGGUCAUCUCCCAAUGUGGGGAGAUGUAAUGGAGAUCGGUGCUUAAUCAGGCCUCCUUUUACCCUGGUGAUGCCUCUGAGAAGAUGGGUUGCCCUCCCACCUUGCCUGCCUUUGUGAUCAAGAAAUAGGACCUGCCAUGGAUUCAGGACCCCAAGCCUUUUAUUUUUUAAGUUACCAACUGUAAAUAAAGCUUGUGUUUUGGUUGUCUUUUUUUUUUUAACUCUAA